AUGCUUCACGGAAUUCUUCCUCUUAGGCCGGUGGAGGCAAUUGUCGGCGCGGUUGCACCGCUGGAGGAUCGGAUUGGCGCUGAGGGCAUUUUGCCUCUUCCACAGAAUCAUCAAGUAGCUGAGCGGGAGCCCUUUCAAGCUGCUCCAGCCCGAGGUAAUGCUCAUCUAUUGCCCCUAUUAGAAUUUCCCUCUUUCGAUGGUGAAGCUCCUCGCGAAUGGAUUAGCAAAUGCGACAAAUUGUUUAAGACCUAUGCAAUCCCUAAUGACCAGAAGGUAAAUUUGGUUGUGAUCGGUUUUGAGCGACGGCCCGAUGUUUGGUUUGAAGGUUGGAAAUAUGGCAAAAGUGAAUUAGUGUGGGAGGAUUUUGUGGUUGCUUUGUGCCAGAGAUUCGGUAGUCGUACUUAUGGCGGUGUGGUAGCUGCAUUCAAUAAACUUAGGAAGCAGGGCUCUUUGGCGGAGUAUCAAGAGAGGUUUGAGGAGUUGAGGUCCCUGAUGUCGCGAUUCAACCCGGCCUUGGACGAGAUCUUCUUCAUUAGCAGCUUUAUCAAUGGCUUGAAACAGGAGCUACGGCUAGUUAUGUCUAUGUUGCAGCCCCAAACAUUAGCUCAAGCUUACCGUCAAGCUAAAUUGGAAGAAGAUGCCAUCGAGGACUUCAAAAGAAAGAAGCAAUCCCAGCUUGGUGAUUACUUAGAGAUGGAUGUGGAUAUAAGUACUGUGACUGUUGAAUCCCUUCUUUCUCCUAACAUGGUUGAUGGGAAUGGUGGUUUACUUGCUGAAAAAGAAUAUAUUCCUAUUGUUACACCUGGCUCAACUGUAAAAGAACCUGGGCUGUUUUAUUCGGAGUUGCAAGGUGUUUCAAACAAGCAUAUGGAAGUGGCUGGCUAUGUGUAUGAUGAGGGCAGCCGGGUUCACAGUUGGAUGUUGAUGAACUGUCAUAGGUAUUCGUGUCCUCGUGUGAAGUUUAAACAAGGAGAUACAUGUAUCAACUACAAGGAACCAUAUGUGGAAGCUUUGGGGACUAAUGCUGUUGGUGAUUGUUUUAGUUCGGAUAAUGGUGCCACUGAAACUCAGGUGCAACAAAACUUAAUUUAUGAUGAUACUGAUGUCCUACCAGUUGAUUCUCUUGAAUAUCGAAGUUCUUAUGGUGUUGUAUUCUCUGAUGGAUCGUUGAUGAAUUUCCCGGAUACUGGUGGCAAUGAUUUUGUUAUUGGAAGGCCAUUUCCUACCCAGCCUGCCCUUCUUUUCAUUCAUUACAGUGAAGGCUUGAUUCCUGGUAAAGGGGAUUGUAUUUUGCUGAAAUUUCAUGGGUACUGGUGGCCUCGGGUGAAAAUUAAAAGAAGUGACGUGUUUUCCAACUUCAAAGAGCCAUAUAACGAUUUGGGUUCAAAGGCUGUUGUUGGAUUUGAUGCUGAGUUGCUGUUGUUGAGGUCGAAACUGCUUUCCAGACGGGGUGGACAGAAUGCAUGUGUUGGCGUUGUAGCUGAGGCGAUUUUCAGUGGUGAUUAUGAGCGCUACAGUGUGGGUGUUAGUAAGAUGGAUAAGGGGUUUUUCGCCUAUGUGAACGAAAUUGGCAGCCUAGAUCAUAGCUGGGUGUUAGUGAGCAGUCACGGUUUGUGGUGUCCUCGGGUGCAGUUAAAACGAAAGGUCGCUUGUCCCGACUUUAAGGAGCCAUACAAAGAUCAUUUUCUCGUGGAAGGCCAGCAUGAAGAGCUCUGUAAUUGGAAGUUUCAUUGGGUUUGGGGGCUGAAUAGUGACAAAGCUACUAAUGCUGCAAGUGACUCAUUCCAGGCUACUUUCUUGGCUUCUCUUAAAGUUCAUACCACUAUCAUUACUUCCUCUGCUGCUGUACCAUUGAGGGAAGAUGAUAUUUCCAACACCUUUAGCAUUUAUGGGCUAGAGAAACAUGGUAUUGGUCGUGGAAUUGGUUUGUUGAUGGCCCAAGGGAAAGUUCAGCAAGCUGUUUUCAUGAUCGGGCUUGAAGAUGCAGUUGACUUACAGCAUGUUAAUGGUGAUCGAAUGAUAGGUGGUAGGUUCGAUAGUUGCUUGGUGUUGGGGGAAUCUCAAGGGAGAGGUAUUGGCUUUGACUUCAAAGAGCCAUACAAGGAGUUUGGUUGGGCUAUGGUCCUUUCUUAUGGAAGAGGUAAUUGUCCUGGAUUCAAGGAGCCUUACAAGGAUUCUUCUUUCGAGGAGGGACAUGUUGAAGAUUGGUUUGGUUGGGAUUCUUUCCAAUACUGGUUGUUGUGA